AUGAAGUUCUCCCCUCUCAUCCUCGUCGCGCUCGUCUCGGCCGCCAGCGCUGCCCCGGCCGCCCGCGACGGCCCGGCCAAAUGCAGGCCGAAGCCCGGCAAGGAGGUAUCUGCCUCGCCGUCCGCCUCGCCCUCGGCCGCCCCGACUGGCUCGGAGGGCGGUGAGGGCGCAAGGCCAGUGGAGGUUUCGAGCUCUGCUUCGUCGUCCAGUGCUGCAGCCCCGACUGCUGUCUCAGCGGCCCCGACUGCCGAGUCCGCAGCUCCGAGCCCCUCUGCUGCCCCCACAGUGGCUGCCAACUCCACGUCCCCGACCGACUGCAACAUCCCUGAGGUGGCCAACCAGUCGUACUUCCUCGACCUCAACGUCGUUGUGCAGAUGCCACCCUCGCGCGGGCCGGACCCGAAGGCCACGACGUCCAUUGUCCCUCCCGGUAGUGUGGGGAUCAACCCUGCUGGCGGCAUCCCCGCCGACGAUCCGGUCGCAAAGGUCAUCCUCGAGCGCAUCAACCAGUUCCGGUCGAUUUACAAGGCGCCGCCGAUGGCUUGGAACGAGACAAUCUCGGGCUAUGCCGUCGGGUUCGGCAAGAGGUGCAUCUAUGAGCACUUCAUGAAAGGAGACGGUCUCAACGGCGAAGUUCUACUCGACUUUGGCCCGCUCACCGAGCGCGACCUGGCGUAUGAGGCGAAGCGCUGGAUCGACGCGUGGAUGAUUGAAGGCAAGCAGUGGGACUAUAACAACCAAAAGACCGUCGCAGGACAGACCACUAGCCACUGGGAAGUUCUCACCGACCCGUUCGCCACCCAGGUCGGCUGCGGCUGGCAGGAAACCAUGGCAGGCCUCCUAGCAAAGGAUCCCCCCGACAGCCAUGGGGAUCGCGUCCGGCCGCAGACGUGCGAAAAGAUCCCUUGGGCGUGGUACAUUGAUCCCGACCAGCCUGACAAGACUUACCCCGAUACUUGGUGA